AUGAGUUUAAAUGGUGUAGAUCUACAUACUACAGAUUUUAUAAAUGAAAAAGAAGAAUGGAUGAAAAAAUAUGAAAAUAUUGAAUUAGAAUACGGGGCCCUGAAAAAAAAAUUUGAAGAAUUUUCCAUAGACUACAAAAAUAAAAAUGAAGAAAUAGAAAAUUUUGCAACAAUAAAAAAGGACAUGGUACUUCGCUAUGCAUACAUGAAAAAUGAAAACGAAUUUCUUAAAACGCAACUGAACAUUUUAAUACUAGAAAAAGAAGAGGAAGAGAUAAAGAAAAGAGAGUUGAUAGAAAUUAAUGAAAAACAAAAAAGAGAAAUAGAUGGGUAUAAGAAAAUAUUUGAAGAAGUAAAAAGUUAUAGUAUAUCAGUCAAAAGGAAAAAUGAAGAAGCAGAAAAGAAAAUAUGUAGACUGGUUGAUUAUGAUAUAUCCUUAAAAAAGGAUAACAUAUUAUUAAAAGAGGUUAUUAAGACAAGUGAAAAAUUAAAUAAUAUAAAUAAUAAUGUAAAUAAAUUAUUACAACUAGAAAUUGAUGAUACGAAAAAAAGGUUGGAUAUGGCAAAUAAGAAGAUUGAAGAUUUUUAUCAAUCUUUUAAUAUAUUACAAAACAAUUAUUUAAAAUAUAAACAAGAUAAUGAUAAAAAAAUGAUGUUAUUAAUACAAUGUAAUGAUGAUUUAAAAAAAGAAUUAGAAGAAAAAAAAAAUAUACAAAUGUAUAAUGAUGAAUGUAAAGUACGUAUAGAUGAUUUUAAUAGAUCUACUAUUUUAUUAGAAUAUUAUGAAAUCAAAAAUAAAGUAAAUAAUAUUAAUAAAACAAUUUUGUGGAAUAAAAUCAAUAUGUUAUAUUGUCAUUUAUAUGAUGAAAGAAGAAAAGACAAAAAUCAUGAAAUAAAUAUAUUCAUUGAGAAUCGUAAAGUCGAUAAUAAAUAUGCUACAAAUAAGCAACCAAAUAAUAAAAAUGAUAUUUGUAAUGAUAUUUAUAAUAAUAAUAAUAAUAAAAAUGAUAUUUAUAAUGAUAUUUAUAAUGAUAUUUAUAAUGAUAAUUAUAACGAUAUUUAUAAUGAUAUUUAUAAUGAUAAUUAUAAUAAUAGGAGCGAAAAUAACAAUUUUCAUGCCCUUAUAGAUCAAUUAAAAAAUAAAAUUUUAAAAGAAGAAACAAAUGAAGACAUACAUAAUUUAUUCUUUUACAAUUUAUCGUUAGAUGAUUAUAAGAAAGAAAUAGAAAACAUACAAAAGUAUUAUGAGGAACAUAAUAAAUAUGUAGAAAAAAAUAUAGACAUAUUAAUAAUACAAAAUAAUUUUCAUAUUUCUUACAUAUUAAAAGUAUUGAAUUUUAAUAUAAAAAUAAUGAAUGAUAUAAUUGAUUGUUACAAUAUUAGUCAGAUACUUUUAAAAUAUAUAUAUAAUACAUACUUAGAAAAAACAAUUGAACACAUAUAUAAUUAUAGGUCUAUUGAUAUUAUACAAGAAAAAUGUUCUAUUAGAUUUGGAGUCUUUUUUUUUAUUACGUUAUCAAAUUUUCUGUUAUGUAUAAUUAUAUAUAUGAAACUUAUAAGGACUUUAGGUCAGAGAACUUAUUUAAAAUUAAUAGAGAAUGAAGAAAUUAUACAAUUAUUUUGUUUUAGUAAAUAUAUAUUGGAAAAAUAUAUGGACAAAAUAAAAAUGAAAUUGUUUUCUUCACAUACGGAUUAUAUUACAUUGUAUAUGAUUAGUCACAGGUUAAAGGAGCUUUAUUAUUCUGUAUAUUGUUCAAAUAUUAUAAAAAAUAAAAAUAAAAAUAAUAGAAAUGAUAAAGUUAUUAAUAAUACUAAGGUGUUAUUACACAUGAAAUAUACAAAGGAUGACACUUUUAAGGAUAACACAAUACACAAUAUAGAUAAUAAAAAUAUUACAUCUCUUGAACUAUUUUGUUUUCUAAAUUUUACCCUUGCAACAUCUAUCCUUUUAAUUAUAGAUACAGAUAUUAUAUUAGAAUGUGCAUGCGAUGUAGAUUUACAAAUACAAAUCGUUAAAAAAUGUAAAGACAUGAUCAAAACAAUUGAAGUUCCUAAGAAAAUUAUCAAUCUUAGUAAUAUUCCUCUAAACAAAUAUAAAAUGUCUUUUAAAAAUUAUAUAGAACAUAUUACUAAUUUCCAACAAGUACUAACACAAAAUAUAAAUCCUAUGGAAGAUAUAAUAAAAAGAGAAAAGAUUUCUAUAGAAUAUAUUAAUAAUUUAAGUACACAGAUUUUAAACGAAUUAAAUAUAAUUGUAGGUGAAUGUUGUACUAUGUAUUCUAUAAAUAUACACCAUGAACAAAAUAAAGAUAAAAAUAAGUGUGAUUUAUAUCCAUUACAAAUAUGUGAUAUAUAUAUAAAAAUAUAUAACAAAAUAGUAUCUAUCAAAAAUAAAAAUAUUAUACAAAAAACAGAUAUUGUACAAAAGGAUGAUAUUAUAAAGAAUCUAAAAAAUGAAAUACUUCUUCUACAAAAUAAAAUCAAAUCAAUAAAAAAUAAGAUGAAUGCAUUAAUUAUCAAGGAAGAAAAAUCUAGGAAAAUAAAUAUGGAUUUGGAUAUUUUAAAAAAAGAAAAAGAGGAAUAUAUUCAAAUUAUAAAUAAUUUAAGAAAAAUUCAAAAUAAUAAUAAUAAUGAAAUUUCAUACAUUACAAAACAAUAUAAUGAUACCAAAAAUAAAUAUCUUGAAUUAUUAAAAAAUUCGGAAUCAAAAAAAAAAAAAAAAUAUCUAAAUAAUAAUAAAAACAUGGACGAGUAUCCAAAUAUAGAUAAUAUAUAUUAUAUGAAAAAGGUUAUAAAUAAUUUAUAUUAUGAAAACUUUUUAAAUAAAAUUAACAAAUAUUAUUAUUUAUAUGAGCAAAUGGAUGAUUACUAUUAUCAUAAUUAUGAUAAAGAGUAUUCGAAUAUAAAAGGAGCCAUAACAAAUAAGAUAAAAAAAAAAAGGAAGGACACUUCAAAAGAAGAAAGUAAUGAUAUAGAUGUUAUGGAUAGGAAGAAAGAUAUCGAUAGGAAGGAAGAUAUUUUUAGAAUUGAUGUUAAUGAGAGUAUUGAUUCAUUUGGCUGUAAUACAUGGAAUAACAACUUUUUUCAUAUAAACAAUAUUCAUAAGUAUACAUUCGAAGGAUUUAUAAGAAAUAAUUUAAAUAAUCAACAAUUUUAUAAUCAAUGUGAAGAUAAUAUUUUAUUUGAUGAUAUAUAUAAUUGUGAAGUUAUUAAAAAUAGACUAUCCAAAAAUAAGAAGGAAUAUUUUAAAAACAAAAUUUUUCAAUACACUUUUACAAAUACAUAUGAAUUUAAUGAUAUAAAUAAUAAAAAUAUACACAUUCUAGAUAUUAUCGAAAGAUACAAAAAAUUAAAAAACGAGAUUUUAAUAGAAAUAUUAAAUACAAGUAAUGAUGAUCAAAUUAUGAGUAUCAAACAAAAUAAUCUACACAAAAAAAAAAAAAAAAAAAAUUAUAUUCAUUUAUAUCAUAAAAUAACAGAAUUAAAAGAAAUGAUAAAACAAUAUUAUCAUAAUUAUAAUAUAACUUUAUAUAAUCAAAAUAAUUAUUCCUUAAAUAAAAUAAUGAACAUAACCAUUGAACAAAAUGUUGAAAAUGAGGAAAAGGAUGAUAUAUCAAAUUCACUAGGAAAUGAUAAGGAAAUCAAAAAUUAUGAUAAAUAUAAGGGUGAGGACAAAACGUAUAAUGAUGAACAAACAUUACAAAUAAAUAAAAAUAAAUCGUUGACGAAAUCGCAUAUAAGGGAGGAUAAAAUUAUAUUAGGUGAUAAUUCUUUAGGACAUCUAAUACAAAAUAUAUUUAACAUAUAG